UUACAAGAAAUGUUAUUGGGAAGAUCUGAAGGACCUGUUUCCCAGAGUCCUGAGCAAGGAGAGACCUGGGAGAGUCAGCAUAGCCCAGAAGGGCCACAGCAAAACCAUCUGGUAGAAGGACAGGAUAAAUCCAGUCACAGGAACAAAGGGAUGAAAAGAAACACAGAAACUGUUCGACAGAAAAUCCCCCAUCCACAAGCACCCUACAUCUGCUAUGACUGUGGGAAAAUCUUCCACUGGAGACAGUCCCUUAAUUUACACCAGAGAAUGCACACAGGCGAGAAACCCUUCAACUGCUCUGACUGUGGGAAAAGUUUCAUUCAGAGAUCAUACCUUGUUAAACAUAGGAGAAUCCACUCAGGAGAGAAGCCCUUCAACUGCUCCGAGUGUGAGAAAAGCUUCAGUAGACGCUCAACUCUUAUUAGUCAUCAGAGAAUACACACAGGAGAGAAACCCUUCAACUGCUCUGACUGUGGGAAAAGCUUCACUCGGAGGUCAUACCUCGGUGCACAUGGGAGACUCCACUCAGGAGAGAAGCCCUUCAACUGCUCCGAGUGUGAGAAAAGCUUCAGUAGACGCUCAACUCUUAUUAGUCAUCAGAGAAUACACACAGGAGAGAAACCCUUCAACUGCUCUGACUGUGGGAAAAGCUUCACUCGGAGGUCAUACCUCGGUGCACAUGGGAGACUCCACUCAGGAGAGAAGCCCUUCAACUGCUCCGAGUGUGAGAAAAGCUUCAGUAGACGCUCAACUCUUAUUAGUCAUCAGAGAAUACACACAGGAGAGAAACCCUUCAACUGCUCUGACUGUGGGAAAAGCUUCACUCGGAGGUCAUACCUCGGUGCACAUGGGAGACUCCACUCAGGAGAGAAGCCCUUCAACUGCUCCGAGUGUGAGAAAAGCUUCAGUAGACGCUCAACUCUUAUUAGUCAUCAGAGAAUACACACAGGAGAGAAACCCUUCAACUGCUCUGACUGUGGGAAAAGCUUCAGUCAGACCUCAGACCUUGUUGCACAUAGGAGAAUCCACACUGGAGAGAAACCCUUCAACUGCUCUCAGUGUGGGAAAAGGUUCAAUCAGCAGGCAACUCUUACUAGUCAUAAGAGAAUUCACACAGGAGAAAAACCCUUCAACUGCUCUAAGUGCGGGAAAAGCUUCAGUCAGAAAGGACACCUCAUUAAACAUCAGAAAAUCCAUACAGGAGUGUCAUGAUUAGGAGCGCUGAUCAACAUCCAGUGACUUAGGGGUUAAUUCAGGUACCUAGCAAAGGUGUACCUUUGCGGGGGUUCAGGCAGUCUGUCAGUAGCAAUGCAGGUAGGAAUUUCAAACUGGGAAAGAGCCUUUUUCUCUUUCUUCUUUAUUUGAGAUCCAAGCAGUUUCUCCCAGGUAUUCAGGGAGAUAGGAGAUGCUUUCUCGCUCCAAGAAUGGACUCCUUGAAAUGUGUAAGUUGGGAAAAGUUUAGAUAGUUCAUCGGGGUUUAUUGUUUUCCUUG